GACCGAAGGGCUCGAGGCGGCAUAGAGACACGCCUUCCCGGACACGACCUAAACCCCACUGGGGGCAGUCGGGCUCCACAAGCAUAUUCUCAAGAAGAGUGAUUUGACCAGGUGCAAAUCCCUACUCGUCUUCCGCGGGAAUCCGGAGGCGAGCGUCACGUGGCGCCGGGGCGGGGACACAGGCCCCACCCGCCGGGAGGUCUUUUCCCGGACGCCGGAAGCGCUCACGCGGAGUUUCUGAGCGGUGGGGCCGCGCGUCCUCCGCAAUGGCGACCAGGGCGAAGCGCCGGCGGGUGGCGGGGCCUGUGGGCGGCGACCCGGACCCGGACCCCGUGGCCGGCUUCCUGAGCUGGUGCCGGCGGGUCGGGUUGGAGCUGAGUCCCAAGGUGGCGGUGAGCCGGCAGGGCACGGUGGCCGGCUACGGCAUGGUGGCCCGGGAGAGCGUGCAGCCCGGGGAGCUGCUGUUCGCCGUGCCGCGGGCCGCGCUCCUGUCGCAGCACACCUGCUCCAUCGGCGGCCUGCUGGAGCGAGAGCGUGGUGCGCUGCAGAGCCAGUCGGGCUGGGUGCCGCUGCUGCUGGCGCUGCUGCACGAGCUGCAGGCCCCGGCCUCGCCCUGGAGCCCUUACUUUGCGCUCUGGCCGGAGCUAGGCCGCUUGGAGCACCCCAUGUUCUGGCCUGAGGAGGAGCGCCGGCGAUUGCUGCAGGGCACGGGGGUACCCGAGGCCGUGGAGAAGGAUUUGGCCAACAUCCGCAGCGAAUACUAUUCCAUCGUAUUGCCCUUCAUGGAAGCCCACCCGGAUCUUUUCAGCCCCAGGGUUCGCUCCUUGGAGCUCUAUCACCAGCUGGUGGCUCUUGUGAUGGCCUACAGCUUUCAGGAACCACUGGAGGAAGAGGAGGAUGAAAAGGAGCCAAACUCCCCUUUGAUGGUGCCUGCUGCAGACAUACUAAACCACUUAGCCAAUCAUAAUGCCAAUCUAGAAUACUCUCCAAAUUGUCUUCGGAUGGUGGCCACUCAGACCAUUCCUAAAGGCCAUGAAAUUUUCAACACUUACGGACAAAUGGCUAAUUGGCAGCUGAUUCAUAUGUAUGGGUUUGUUGAACCAUAUCCCGACAACACAGAUGACACAGCUGACAUUCAGAUGGUGACAGUUCGUGAAGCGGCAUUACUGGGAACAAAAAUUGAAGCUGAAAGGCUCCUACUGUAUGAACGCUGGGAUUUCCUAUGCAAACUGGAGAUGGUAGGGGAAGAGGGAGCCUUUGUGAUUGGGCGGGAGGAGGUGCUAACUGAAGAGGAACUGAUCACCACACUCAAGGUACUAUGCAUGCCUGCUGAGGAGUUCAGAGAGUUUAAAGACCAGGAUGGAUGGGGAGAUGAUAAAAGGGAAGAGGAGAGCUUGACAACCACAAAUAUCCCCAAGCUGAAAGCAUCAUGGAGACAGCUGCUUCGGGACAGUGUUUUGUUGACCCUGCAAACUUAUGCCACAGACUUAAAAUCGGAACAAGAUUUACUAAGUAACAAGGAGGUCUACACCAAGCUCAGCUGGAGGGAACAGCAGGCCUUGCAGGUUCGCUAUGGUCAGAAGAUGAUCUUACAUCAGCUGUUGGAACUGACAAGUUAGCAGGUUCCCUGUUGCCUGAAGGACCUUCCACAGGAACUUUAUUCUAAGCUAAUAUUCAGUGAUGAUUGAAAACAAGGAAAAUCUGGGUCUUUUGCUUUUCCUUUUAUUAAAUACCAAAAGGAAAAGUAGCAACGGUGGUAUGCUAGGGUUAACUCUGAGGUAAGGGGUGACCUGUUUAAGGACUGGGCACAGCAGACUUGCAAAUUGCUGUUACUAAGAUCACAAAUUUUAUAGCUGUUUUGUUCCCAGUCUGAACCAAAGGUUAGAAGAAAUGAUAGUAAUGGGUUCCCAGUGUAGUCUAGCAUUUAGUAACAUAGACUGUGAAAGUAGAUCUGGGUCUACAAGCUACUCCUCCCACCCCAAAACUUCCAUUUCCUGUUACGGGUUAUGACAGGGCACUGGCACUCAGCAAUUACUGUACUUGCUUAGGAGUCGGAAGUUUCCUCUGUGUAGCACAGCUCACCAGUAAGGGAAGAAACCCUAAGAUACCAAUGACAUUCAAGCGUCACUCAUUUAAGAUUUCUGCUAUUUAAUCUUGAAUCUUUUUGUCUUCUGUGGCCAUAAAACUUGAGUUAUUAAAGGUAUUUUAAAUAGUGUAAA